AUGAGCUCAAGAGUUUAUGUCGGCGGUUUACCGCAUGGAGUUCGUGAAAGAGAUUUAGAACGUUUCUUCAAAGGCUAUGGACGAGUACGUGAUAUCUUGCUGAAAAAUGGUUACGGUUUCGUAGAAUUCGAAGAUUCUCGAGAUGCUGAUGAUGCCGUCUACGAGUUAGAUGGCAAAGAAUUGCUCGGUAGGCGUAUAGUUGUAGAGCAGGCAAAGAGUACAGCGCGUGGCGUCCCUAGAGAUCGUUACGAUAGUGGACGACGUGGUCGUUACAAUGACCGAAACCCCAGAUCCUCACGCUACGGACCACCGCAACGCACCGAACAUCGCUUGAUUGUGGAGAAUCUCUCGAGCAGCGUUAGUUGGCAAGAUCUGAAGGACUAUGUGCGCCAAGCCGGUGAGGUCACAUACUGUGAUGCACACAAGGAGCGUCGCAAUGAGGGUGUCGUCGAAUUUGCAACGCGUUCGGAUAUGAAAGCUGCCAUAGAUAAGUUGGAUGAUUCGGACUUAAAUGGCCGUCGCAUACGUUUGGUUGAAGAUCGCACGGCCAGACGUGGUGGCGGCCGUGGACGUGAAAGGACUCGCUCACGCUCUGAUUCACGCCGGCGUUCUCGCUCCAAAUCACGUCGUUCAUCGCGUUCGCGCUCAAAGUCACGCAGCCGUUCAAAGUCGCGUGGUCGUGGACGUACCAAGUCGAAUUCGGUUGAGAAGUCACGUUCGCGUUCACGCUCACGCAAAUCUCGCGAACCUUCUAAGUCUAAGUCACGUUCGCGUUCUGCCAAGCGUGAUUCUCGUUCACGCUCGCGUUCAAAAGCAGCAAAGCGUGUUUCACGUUCACUAUCAAAAACACGCAGGAAGUCUGGCGAACGUUCUAAGCCUCCACGUGACUCACAUUCGAAAUCCAAAUCACGCAGAGAUUCUCGUGAACGUUCAAAGUCUCACCGUUCAUCGAGGUCAGAGCGCGACUCACGCAAAGAUUCGCGUUCACGUAGUCGCUCUUCUUCACGUUCUCGGUAUGCCUCGCCGGCAAAUGCCAACGAUUCAACGAACCGAGAUGAGAGCAUGGAUGAGUAG